CCAGAAUUUGAACUCGACCUUUUUCAAAAGAAAUUAUUCUUUUACGAUAUUUAUUUUGAUAGUAGCUUGUGUUUCUUCUGUCUUUAGAUUUCAUAAGUCUAUGAUAUUUACAUAUGUGGUGAUAAGUGUAUGCUGAUGUAUGUGAUGUAUACUGAAAAUGAAGUUUAGUGUGAAAUCCGCUAAAUGUGAAAUAAUGCGUUUACAAACCAAAUAUAAUUUUGUUUUUAUAUCAAUGUGAUUUGUUUAGAAUUUACUUACGUUUGUAUAAGUUUUCUGUAAUUUCUAGCAGUGAAAACUGACAACUCAGUUUCAAAACAAGGUUGUAUAGUACUUGAUAGAUAUAAAGCUAUAUGAUGUAGAAAUUAAGGAUUAAACAUUACAAGUUAAAAAAUAAAUGUUGACAAAAAAUACUGUUCAGUGUAUUAAAAUACAAUGCUAAUGAUAUUAUUUGACAUUGACAAAUUGUAUAUAUUUACCAACAAGUGAAAGUUUUUGAAGAGUAAAAAGACUCAAGUGAAAAGGAAAUAUAAGAUUUGUAUCAAAGAAAAGAUAUUAGAAAUGAGUUCUCAUCAUCGAUUGAAUCCACCUUCUGGUGAUAUAGAACAUAUUAGUUACCUGUCUGAGGAUAUUGGUGCUCUAUAUCUCUCAGAUGAUUAUUCAGAUGUGACUUUAAUAGUUGGCGGUCAAAGAUUUAAUGGUCAUAAAAUCAUUUUAGCUGCGCGUAGUCAAUAUUUCAGAGCUCUACUUUUUGGAGGAUUAAAAGAAUCAAUGCAACAUGAAAUUGAAUUGAAAGAUGCUAAUUUAGCUGCAUUUAGAGGUUUACUUGAGUACAUAUAUACAGGACGAAUGUCUCUUACCGAUAGACAUGAACAGGUGAUUUUAGAUAUUUUAGGAUUAGCACAUCUCUACGGGUUUUCAGAAUUAGAAACCUCUAUAUCAGAUUACUUAAGAGAAAUAUUAAAUAUAAAAAAUGUUUGCUUGGUAUUUGAUGCAGCACUUUUCUAUCGACUAGAAUUUCUUACUAGGGUUUGCCAUGAAUAUAUGGAUAAGCAUGCAUGUGAAGUGAUACAGCAUGAGAGUUUCUUACAACUAAGUGCUGCUGCUUUAAAUGAGCUUGUGUCAAGAGAUUCUUUUUAUGCACCAGAAAUCGACAUUUUUUUAGCUGUGCGAGCAUGGGUAAAAGCAAAUCCUGAUGCUAAUGAUAAAAGUGUGUUAGAAAAAGUACGACUGAGCUUGGUUUCUAUCACGGAUCUUCUAAACAUUGUUCGACCUACUAAAUUAAUUUCUCCUGAAGUAAUCUUAGAUGCAAUAGCUUCAAGAACACAGACACGUGAUUCGGAUCUUAAUUAUCGAGGUCGAUUACUUAUUGAUGAAAAUGUUGCUCAUCCUAUGCAUGGUGCUCAAGUUCUACAGGGUGAAAUGCGAAGUUAUCUUUUAGAUGGAGAUACAAACAACUACGACAUGGAACGAGGGUACACUAGGCAUACCAUUACAGAAUCACAAGAGCAUGGUAUUUUGAUUAAAUUAGGUACUCAGUGUAUCAUUAAUCAUGUUAAAAUGCUGCUUUGGGAUAAAGAUAUGCGUUCAUAUUCUUACUACAUAGAAGUAUCCAUGGAUCAGGAAGAUUGGGUUCGAGUUAUAGAUCAUAGAGAAUAUUUUUGUCGUAGCUGGCAAUAUUUAUACUUUGAGCCAAGAGUAGUUCUAUAUAUUCGUAUUGUUGGUACAAAUAACACUGUAAAUAAGGUUUUUCAUGUUGUAAGUUUUGAAGCUUACUAUACAAAUCACACAGAAAAACUUUGUGAUGGAUUUGUUGUCCCAACACGAAAUAUUGCUACUAUGGAUCGAAGUGCUAUUGUUACAGAAGGUGUUUGUAGAUCCCGAGAUGCUUUAUUGAAUGGUGAUACAUCUAAUUAUGAUUGGGACAGUGGAUACACAUGUCAUCAACUUGGAUCUGGUUCUAUUUCAGUACAACUUGGACAACCUUAUAUUAUAAACUCUAUGCGGUUGUUGCUUUGGGAUUGCGAUGAUCGUUCAUAUUCUUAUUAUAUAGAAGUAUCUGGCAAUUCUUGGAAUUGGGUUCUAGUUGCUGAUAAAACUAGAGAAGCUUGUCGUUCGUGGCAAACAAUACAUUUUGAUCCGCCCCGCCCUGUUGUUUUUAUACGUAUUGUUGGAACACAUAACACAGCAAAUGAGGUUUUCCAUUGCGUACAUUUUGAAUGUCCAGCUCAGACAAAUGACAAAGUAUCAAAUAAAUCUCCAGUACAUAGGGGAAAGCAAAUCCUAACUCAUGAUUCCAUACUUUCUUUAGUACCACCUCCUCCAGAAACAGCUACAGAAGCAGUAAAUAUUGAUCAUGAAGAGACUAAUUCAUAGAUCAUGGAAUUUCUUCGUAAUUUUUGUUUUCUUAUUUGGCACUAAAUUGCUGUAUAAAAUUACAUUAAGAUGAUAUGUUAAGUACCAAAUUUUUGCUUUAUAACUUUAAUUUUCUGUGUUUAAACUUUAAGUAUUUGUAUAGUAUUGGGUACAUUGUGAUUGUAAAAAUAAUUGUAAAAUAAAUUAUUUAAUUAAAGUG